GCCUCCUCACUCCUCUAGUAGGAGGAGGACGAGGAAGGAGGAGAAGAGACGGUGAAUCCUGUUCUUGCUCUGUUGAUCGGAGAGGUUUUGCAGCAAAUAAGAGUAGAAGUAGGCAGUGAGUGGAAAUCAUGGCGGUGGUCGUCCCCUGGCGCGCCUCCUCUGCUUCAUCUUCCUCCUCUUCAGGCCCGUUGUUGAGGCCAUCACCUGCUGGCAGCACUCCUCUUGCAUCUCCGUUCUUGGGCUCUUCCCACAGAAGGGUCUCAUUGGUGCAUUCCGUCAGGAAGGCUCCCUCCUUGACGGUCGCGAGACCGUUCCAGGUUCGGUGCCAAGAGGCCGUGAUUCCCAAAGAACAGAGGUGGAUGUUCGAGCCCUCCGAGAUUGACGGCCCCGAUAUUUGGAACAAAACGUGGUACCCAAAGGCCGCAGACCAUGAAAAUACAAAGAAAACAUGGUACAUAGUUGAUGCAACUGACAAGAUUUUGGGGAGAUUGGCUUCGACCAUUGCUAUACAUAUUCGUGGAAAGAAUUUGGCAACUUACACUCCAAGUGUGGACAUGGGAGCGUACGUGAUUGUGGUCAAUGCAGAAAAGAUUGCCGUUUCAGGCAAAAAAAGGACUCAGAAACUUUACAGGAGACACUCAGGGAGGCCAGGUGGAAUGAAGGUGGAAACUUUUGAUCAACUACAGAAGAGAAUUCCCGAAAGAAUAAUUGAACAUGCUGUACGAGGCAUGCUGCCCAAAGGAAGACUGGGCAGAACUCUUUUUACACAUCUAAAGGUUUACAAGGGUCCAGAUCAUCCACAUCAAGCACAGAUGCCAAUUGACCUGCCUAUAAGGGACAGAAGAGUACAAGUUGAGAAAUAGAAACUUCCAAGUAGCAGAUGCACAGCCUGGUGAUUCUAUUGAUAGCUGUUCCAACUAGGGGUUUCUCAAUGUAUUUUCAUCCUUUUGAUUUUUUUUUCCCUAAUGAAAAGCUUUUGUUAAUGUUAUGUGUCAUCUUGAGAAGAAUCCAUUUUGUUCGGACACUUUUUGUGAAACUUGAGAAAUGUUCUGUUGACUAAUUAAACGCAAAAUCUGUAAA